AUGGAUCCCGGAGAUCACCAAGACCGCGAGGUCCGCACUACAACUGACUCUGUCGACCAUACCGACGUCUACGACGCGCAAUUGCACGACGACCCGUCGUCCCUCGACCCGGGCCCCGAGCCCUCCGGCGACGACGCCAUGAACGCCAUUGCGCAAAAGUGUCGGCCGAAACACCAGGUCCUCGUCCUCAAAUGCUACCCACGCACCACAAAAGGCGAUGUCGAUGUCAAGCCCAAUUCCAGCGAGCUCAGCUACCUGCUCUUCUAUGCCACCUCGCGCCGAUCCAAGAUCCAAAAGAUUGGGAGCUUCCUCGAGAAGAAGACGGCCAGUGACGUCUGGCGACUGCGCAUCGGAUCCUUGCGGCCCUCAUCGAAAAGUCGCCUAAAGACCUCCCCCUGUUCGCCAGCAAUGUUCUCAAGAUUUUCGACCUCAUCCUGGGGUCCAAGGACAUCACCAUGGCCAAGUCGUCCAUCCCCACCUUUGAGGCCUUCUGCGAGAAACCACGACGUCUCCUCUUCCUUUGCCGACCAGGGCUACCUAGCUCAGUACGAGUCUGUGGUCCGCUCCUACGCGACCCUCGCCUCAACCCGCCAGACACCGGGCAAGGGCACACCGAGCCAGGCUGUCGUCAUGAAGUGGAGGACUGUCGGGCUCGAGGCCAUCAGGAGCGUGUGUUCCUCCGACCCGCUGUCCUCCGUCGCCGGACGGCAGCUCGCCGUCAUUGUGCCCAUCAUUCUCGAGAACCUCUGGCACAAUGACGACACGUUCCUAGAUGUGCUGCUGUCGCGCGUGCAGUCGGAAGAAAAGUCGGACGCCGACAAGCCCAUGCGCCGUAGAACGAGCGUCACAACUGUCAAAACGAGCGACACGGCCGGCGACACGAACCCCAUCGCUCUCGUCGGCACCGCCCUCGACGUCGACAAGCUCGCCGAGGAGGACAUUGGCGUUCUGGCCCUCCAGUGUCUCAAGCAGAUUUACGUUGUUCCAAACCAGCCGCAGAUCCACAGCGCAACGUCGUCGUUGCUCAAAUUCGUCCUCGACAGGGUCGCCCAGAACGAGACGGUCAUCGACGCUGGGGAGAAGCCUGGCAGCGAGCGUGGUUGGGCCAUCCAGAUUCUGGCGACGGUGGCACGCUGGGCCCCUGUGCAGGAUCGAUACAUCAUACUGGUCACGACCAUGGACCACAUCUCGCGGUUGCCCCUGACAGAGGAGAACCUGCAGCAGCACAUUGUGCUGGCCAUCAUGGUCAGCUCUCUCCUGCAGUCCGAUAUCAACCUCAUCGGCCUCAGUGUCAUGGAUGUCUUGAUCGGCUUCAUCCGCCACAUGAAGAGGCUCAUGCAUCUGCCGGGACCCAGCGGUCUCCCCAGGACAGACAGUGAGAGGGAAGAGCAGCCACAGGCGGGGGGCGACACGACAGAGCAGCGCAUGCAGCUCCUGGACCGCAUUCAACAGUGCAUUGGUGGUCUCGCGACCCACGUGUACUACGCCGACCAGAUCUCCGACAUGAUCUCGGCCAUCCUUCUCCGCCUACGACCCUCACGUUCGACAAGUACCAAUUCGUCGCCGCCCGGCGAGAAGGCAGACCUUACAGUGAACGAGGACGCCGCAAGCAGUCACACGCAGCUCGAGUCAUUCUUGUCACUUGGCGUCGGCAAGACAGCCGCCCUCAAGGCUAUCAAGAGCAUACUCCUCGUGGCGAACCCGCAGACCAAGAUUACAGGCAACUUUAACCUCUCCCGAACCCGUGUUCCGAUCCACGUAUGGGAGGGCACGCAAUGGCUAUUGCGCGAUCUCGACGGCCUUGUCCGCAAGGCCUACGUGGAUGUCUUGGUCACCUGGCUAGAGCGCGAAACAACACUGAGCGACCUCAAGGCCAGAGACGAGAACUUGCGGCCUCACCACCGGUCUGCCGUGAGGAGCGGCCGCGAGCUGCAACCCGGGGGCACGGCUCAGCGCGCAUCUUCCACCGCAUCUCACCGCGAGAAGCCUCUAAAGCAUCAUCGAUCGCACUUUUUGCAGCUGCUUCACCUUGCCAUCUACGACAAUGCGCUUCAGUUCAUCGAUCUUGAGUCUGACAUUGUGCUUCUUCACAUCCUUCUGACAAAGCUCGUCUUCAAGCUCGGCGUCAACGCCGUUCGAUACGGGCUCUCCAUGGUGUUUCGUCUGCAGGAAGACAUUCUCGACAUCGAGACGCCACUUCAAAAAGUACGGAUCGGGUCACUCUGUCACGGAUAUUUCUGGGCCGUGACGGAAAAGUUUGACAUUGAAACGUCCAGCGCCGGGCGCGCGAUCCAGGACGAGAUUAUCCGGCGACGCAGCAAAAACUUUUGGGUGGGCAACAUCAACGUGCCGACGCCGCCGGUCGACGUCGUUGGCACGCCUGGUGUCGCCCGGGCACAACCAGCCUUGUCCGUACAAGAAUUGGAGAAGGAGGAGCUGAUUCCCUUUGACGACAGGAGCCCUCUCGUCAGCAGCAUUGCCGAGGGCUAUGCUGACAGCAUGGUCUCGCCUCCUAGCAGUCCCGCGGCGUCGCCCGGCCGCAGCUUCUCGCACCCCAUCCUCGGCUCCGCCCUCAGCCAUGUGCCGGCAGAACCCGACAAUGAGCUCCCGCUCACUUUCAAAGAGCUCAUGCUCACAGACUGGACCAGGGAAACGGCGCAGGUUGCCAUUCAAGCGGCCAGCAAGUCUGAAUCCCUGACCGGCUCCCGCACGGGGACGACGGCCACGGGACGGCAUCGCCGUGCCAUGAACGGGUUGGGCAACGGCCAAGGCUCUCCUCUGGGUAGCCACCACAACCUCCGCAACUCUUCGCCGCACGUGGCGGGCGCGGCAGGGCUGGCGCCGCUCAGCAAGAUGCGCAAGAGCAGCGUGCGAAGCGGCGUGUCGGCCACACCGUCAGCCAACAACCGCGCCCCCGUCGCGUCCGUCGAUCAGUUGAAGAUGGUCAUGUCAGGCCAGCUUCCGCCGACAGCCGUGAGCACGUCGGCGGGGCUGCGGAAUCGCGACGAUGAUGACGACGGCAGCAGCGGAAGUGGCAGCGACAGCAUGGUCAGCUAUGAUUACUCGCCGUCCGAGCUCAGCUUCAACCCGGCCACGCAGCAGUCAGACAACAGCGAUGCCGCCCAGAGGCCGGGCUCCAACGGCCGUCGCAGCGGUGUGCGCAACUCGCUGCUGGCUCACACGUCGUCGUCCCUGCCGAAUAGCGAGAUGGACGGCGCCGACGAGGUGCCGCCGGUACCGCCGCUGCCAGACCUCCGGGGUCUCUCGAGCAAGAUUGGCGAUCUACACUUUGACCUGCCAGCGGGCGGCACCGUGCACGACCAAGUGACCAAGCCCGCGAAGCGCAACAUCAGCACGCGGAGCAGCGACAGCAGGUACCAGUCGACGCUCCGAGGAGAGGAGCCGCCGAUGGACCUGCGGGAUCUCCUGCAGGGCAUCGACAGCCGAGCAGGGGAACACAGCCUAGGGAAUGUGACACGGCCGCCCUACUGA